AAUAUGGCCGCCCGAGGAGCUCUAUGGUGGAUGACGUGCCCGGUACAAAUAUGGCCGCCCGACUGUUCAGUUAUGCUAAGAGGUGAAAGGUGAAAGGUGAUAACGGCGGGGGCCUCGUUCUAGGAAGAUGGCAGAGAGCGAGCGGCAGAAAGGCUCUCCUGAGGAGGCAGCGCCUCCCCUCUGCCAGAGCUUCAUGAUCCCCAAAAAGGAAAUACACAUGGUACCCGACAUGGCCAAGUGGAAACGCUCUCAGGCAUAUGCAGACUACAUAGGCUUCAUCCUCACCCUGAACGAAGGUGUCAAGGGCAAGAAGCUAACCUGUGAAUACAAAGUAUCUGAGCCAAUUGAAAAACUGGUGGAGCUCCUGGAUACCCUUGACAGGUGGAUUGAUGAGACCCCACCAGUGAACCAGCCCUCUCGCUUUGGGAAUAAGGCCUUCAGGACUUGGUAUGCCAAACUAGACCAGGAAGCAGAAAACUUGGUUAAAACAGUGAUCCCCGAGCAUCUGGCUGAAGCUGCACCAGAGGUAGCCGUGUACCUGAAGGAAUCCGUGGGGAACUCCACCCGCAUCGACUAUGGGACAGGUCACGAAGCGGCAUUCGCUGCCUUCCUCUGUUGCCUGUGCAAAAUUGGUGUUCUUAGGGUGGAUGACCAGCUGGCCAUUGUCUUCAAAGUGUUUAAUAGGUACCUGGAGGUGAUGCGGAAACUCCAGAAAACUUACAGGAUGGAACCAGCUGGUAGCCAGGGAGUGUGGGGCCUGGACGACUUCCAAUUUCUGCCCUUCAUAUGGGGCAGUUCCCAACUGAUAGAACACCCAAACCUGGAACCUCGGCACUUUGUUGAUGAGAAGGUAGUGAAUGAAAAUCAUAAGGACUACAUGUUCCUGGAGUGCAUCCUGUUCAUUACAGAGAUGAAGACUGGCCCUUUUGCUGAGCACUCCAACCAGCUGUGGAACAUCAGCGCAGUACCUUCCUGGUCCAAAGUGAACCAGGGUCUCAUCCGCAUGUACAAGGCAGAGUGCCUGGAGAAGUUUCCUGUGAUACAGCACUUUAAGUUUGGCAGCCUGCUUCCUAUCCAGCCUAUCGCAUCUUAAAGAGGCUAUGGGAGGAGUUGAUGCAAUGGAGACGACAGUGCGACACUCUUCCUCCUCCUUCCUUCCUUCCUUCCUCCUCCUCACCUCUCCAGCCCCACAGCCCAUUCAUCCCUUUGUAUUUACAACUAGAGAAAGUUACAAAGCACUUAGUGACCUUGUAGGGAAGAAGUGACCAAGAGCAGCUGCUCAUGCAAGUGCUCCCCACACAGACUAGAAAGUGACAGAACCAGCGCUGUGCUUCUAGCCUCCAGUGCGUUCAGUCUUACACUGUGCGUGGCUCGACGGGCUGCCACCUACUGAGCUGGGCGUGAGAGUGGCUUGAAAGGGGUUUUGGUCAGGGAUACUUCUAGUAUGGCUUUACAAGAAGACCUCUGCUUUGAUCCCCUGGAGGAAGGGGGUUGGGAAGGGGCGGAAGGUAUGUAGUGGGGGUGGGGCAGUUACAGUUUCACUCUGAGUUUCACUGAAAUCUUUUGCUGUCUUGUUUGAGGAACCCAAGGUGUGUAGACCAGGCCUUCAAUUCCAUUUAAAAAAAGAGCCAGUUCUCGCUAUUGUGGAUGUGAAGAAAACCUGAAAAAGAGGUCCUGGGGUGUGAACGUGCCUGGGUGGCAGGAGGCCCCAGUGUCUAUACUGCUGCUUUUUGCUUGCAAGGGGCUGUUUUUAAAGGGGUAGAGGAAGUGUUAGGAAAUCCCUGUGGGUCACAUGAAGUCAGGGUGCCAUCUCUCUCCUAGCCCAGGUAAGAAAAUGCUUCUUUUUCCUCUUCCAACCCUAUCCCUGGCUGACUUCCUUUCACACCAUCUUGUCUUCUCCAGCCCCACCCCUGCAAGCCUAGGUCCUAGAAUGCUGAGCUGGCUUUGGAGCUGGAGAUGGGCUCCAGGGAAGUCUUUGGACACUAGCCGGUUGCAUUUAUGUGGGAAUGGCUCUGCAAAGCCACUGUUCUAGCAGGCUGGGAUGGCCCCGUUCUCUACACACACCUUUUCCUGUGCAGUGCUUAGCAGCCACUAGAAUGGGGGCAGCCUUAAUGUCCUCACUGUAAUUUAUCAUGGCUGCUUUUGCUUGAUUAUAAGUUGUGGUGAUAGCCCUAUAAUAAAGGGAUUUUUCCCAUUAAGUAGCACAUCCCUACACACUGUAGACUUUACUGUAGGGAAUGUAGCAUAGGGCAGGCAUAUUGGCUUUAAAUCUAUUAUUUAACUGCUUGACACACAUUUUGUUUCCAUGUCCUGGGGCAGCCUUUUGCAUUCUUAAAAAAAAGUCUUUCACCUCUCUCAUUCCCUGCAAGAGCUGCCACCCUACUGGGGCAAACUGUACAAUUACUUUUACCAAAACCCCAUUAAAGUACCAGACAUGCCAAGAUGUACAGGUUGUUUAGAAGGCUUACUCAGCAUGCUUAAUUCAUACAGUGGUUCUAGACUCUCAUUUCCAGUGGUUUAGACUUAGGGGCAUCUCUGAUUAAAUGAGGGGCUUAGACAUGCCUUUGGUAAUUAGCAGUGCUAGAAAAGGAAUGGCAGAAAACGGAUGGGAUGGAUUUGAGGUGAAAUCUUACAUGUUCCCAUGGUUUCUGACAAAGAUUCUUUUUAAGUUCUUAGCUUGAGAGGGCACAUUUACUCCCGCGGUAUUAAUAAACAUUGGUUUGGAGUGUGGCAGGGGUUAGCACCAACUGUGCCCUUGCUAGCCCUGCUACACACUUUUUUGCUUGGCUUUCUUAGCGAAUGCAAUACCAAUUUUUCUCCCGCUGCUGUCAUCUGUGGCCAGCCUAACCUUUUCCAUCUGAGCCCCUUGAUUGCUAUUAAAUUAUUGGAAAAAGUUUAUUUUGCUCAAGGAAUUGGGUUUUUCACAAUUUUCUCUUUGGCUGCAUCCCCUGGAAUGAGCCUCUUCCUUCUCCAAAGCUUGUGCCCUGCUGCUGGGGAAAGAAGGGAUGAGAAAUGCAUUUAAAUUAAGAUGCAGUAUCUGUUUCUUGGGCUAAAAAGGCAAACCCUUGCCAAGCUGCAGCUGUCCCCUCUAUCCUAUUGCUUUGGGCCUGAGCUAGUGCAGUGUGGGACAAUUACAGAUGAACUGAAUCUGCUGUGGGGUGUUUUUUUUUUUAUGUAGUGGCUUUGUCAACUUACAUUUUAAAUAAAAUAUGAAAAAAAGACCCCAAAUCCAUCCCCGUUUUACUACCAAAUCAUUAACAGGAUGUCUAUGUAGAGUUAAAUUACAAAUAAAUCCACUGGGAAAGUGAAUUAGGAAGACGUUAACCUGCCAGGACCCCUGAGCAUUCUAUGUUCUGGUGCUGUAGUUAAAAGGAUGCAGUUCAAGGACCAGAGCACAGUGUUCUAGACCGAGGAGACCUGGUUCUCAUCUUGCCCUUACUGCCUCGUCGCAUGACCUUUGGCAAGUCCUACCAUGCAGUAAAACAGGUCUAAUAAUAGCUUCCUGGCAGACUGGGCAUGACUUAGCCUGAGAUUCGCAAAGUUGUCUAGGAGAUUUGGACACCACAUUCCCUUUAAUUUUAAUGGGAGUUAGGCUUCCCAUUCAAACUAAAUGGAAGUCGAGACCUCAAUGUUUGCAAAGCUCUCUCCGAGCCUUGGUGAAAGAUGCAAUAAGAAUGCAAAAUAGAGCACCAAAAGGGCACAUUCCUUUCAUUGCAUUAGGUUUUAGUGAUGCCACCAACCUUUACUGGGGCCAGCAUAUAACUCUGGACGGGGGACAUAAGGAGGAGCUAAUAUAGAGUUACUUAUUUAUGGACCAUCUAAGUCUGCACCCUCAUUCUGUUAAGGAUUUGGAAUCUUAAGCAGCUAGUGUUUGUGUGAAUCCUAUUGGUCCACCUUUAACUUGCCCUCAAUAAUCUGGCACUAGGCUGCUUCCAUUCUUUGGUCAUUACUGUGAGUCCCAUCAGAUCUCAACCAACGGCCUGUUUGGGUUUUGUUCCUUUCCCUGAGUGGUUCCACGUGCAUGCAUCACAUGACCUGAAACACCACCUGGCUUCCCCCGGUCUGCAAAAACAAUACCUGAACAUCCCACCUCCCCAUGUUCUCCGAUAUUGUGGUUUUAAUUAAAAAUCUGUGUGUUUUGCACCUGGUGAUUGUGUUCAACUGUGUUGGAAUGGGGUUAGCCAUUUGGUGGCUCUGCUUCCAAAGCUAAUGGCUGCAGCUCUGACUCUUCUUGUGUGCUUUCAUUGAUCUCUCGCACCAAAAAUGAAUAGCCCUUGUGCUUAAGGAUACACUUGCCUCAUCCAGUUCACUAAUCAGUCCUCCUCUAUUUGCAUCAUUAUUGGAUCUUUGUGUAAAUUUACUGCAGAACAUAUGCAACCAGAAAGGCAUGGAGGCCCAUUCCCCUGCAGGCAAAUACCUCAUGGGGAUUUCAAAACUCUCAUGGGCUGAGACAUUUCAAUGGUCAGGUUUAUUCUGAAGCAGGGUAAGAGCUGAAAUGAAGACAUCUCCCCUGUGAGGCUGGCCUGCUGUGGGGUUGUAAAGCAUGGCUUUAUGGGAUAGUUCAGGAGAACAGUUUUGUCUAGGUCUAACCUGAAACCCGUGGCUGGAUCUUCUCAACAAGAUAAACUGAAACUUGCAGAAGUUCUAAAUAAAUUCUAGUGUUCCUGUCAAUAGGUUAUAUCCUUCCCUUCUGUAUGGCCUGCCUGGCCUGGGUUUUCAUGCUGCUCAGGGUGAUAGUGUAUCAUGGGGAAAGGACGGGGCAACUGAGCAUCAGCUGUCACGCAUAUCUCUGUUUUCUUUAAAGGUACUUGUAUUCGCCUUAAAUAUCUCCCUGGGAGAAUCAGCUGCGUUAUUGAAAAGUACAGGUACUCUGGGCUUUGACCAUCUUUCCCUCACACCACAGCCAAAAUUCUUC